CGACCGCCCAUAGGAUGGUGUUCAUGGGAAUCCUCGCCCGUUCGACAGCCGAGCCAAUCCCUGCGCUGCUGCUGACGUCACGCCCAUCGCCUAUGAUCGAGGAUCAGUGGAUCGGAGUCAAUCUGGGGCUGGCUGGAGAGAGAGACAGCACGGUGCAGAGGAUUUGGUCAAGCUUUUUUUAGCCGGGUUCAUUCGGUCUGUUUCGCAUAUCCAUUCUGCUUCCAAGCGUUUUUUUUUUUUCGGAUAAAAAAACAGACGUUUCGGAUAAACGUUGCGGUCAAAGGGAUCGGGUCACCGGGUGAUUUCGGGUACAUCCCUGGACCUGAUGAAUCGAGGGAUUAUCGGCUGCGCAGCGUGUUUCUGGGUCACCUGUUCCCGGGGAUUGAGAGUCCACACCUAAGCAGGACCGAACCUGGUCCUCUAUCUUUUUGGCGUUUUGAAUCCCAUGCUGGGAGGGUAUUUAUAAUGGAUUGGUUUUUCAUCAUUUCACCAUCGAAGCUUGGUUAGGAAGAGGCGGCUGCUGAUCGGACUUGGAUAUAAUCGGAAUCGGUGCGCAAAGGAUAAAUCCAACAGACGCAAAUAUGGCCAAACACUGUCCAGACGGAGUGGAUGUGAACAAACCCUCCGACGAGGACCUCCCGAGGCUCGCGAAGGACGAGCUGGUGAGAAGGAUACGGAGAGCGGAGGGCGAGAAGAUGAACCUGAUGGUCGAGCACGGGAAUAAGAUGAGAGACGUGAACCGCAGCCUACAGGUCCACCUCCACGAGAUCCGGAGUCUCAAAGAGGUGAACCAGAAACUACAGGACGAUAACCACGAGCUCCGGGAGCUCUGCUGCUUCUUGGACGAUGACCGGCAGAAGGGCAAGAAGCUGUCCCGGGAGUGGCAGCGGUUCGGCCGCUACACGGCCAGCGUCAUGUGGAAGGAUUGCGGCGUUUACCAGCAGAAGCUGCAAGACCUAGAGGCCAACCAGGAGUCGCUGAUGCGAGAGAACGCCGAGCUGAAGGAGAUUGUGGUGAUGCUGGACGAGGAGAGGAACGGAGCCGGCUCCCGGAGCUCCAUCGACAGCCAGUCCAGUCUCACCAACCUCAACGGGAGUUCGGUUACGGUCCGGGACGUCGGGGACGGUAGCAGCACCUCCAGUGCAGGGAGCGCCGGGAGUCCUGACCAUCACCUGCACCAUCACCACCCCAUGCACAGCCACAAACCGUCCGAGGGCAAGACAGCGACACUAAGGAGGUCUAUGGACGACCUCUCCAGCGCUCAAUUCCACAGUAGAGCCAUUCCCAAUGGACUGAAUGAUGCUUCAGCAAACUACAUCAGACAAUUGGAAAACAAGGUGCGGAUACUGGAGGAAGACCACAAGCAGAUUCUCUUAAAGUCUGGUCCCGGGGAUACGAAAACCUUAAAGAAGGGCAUGACACUCUACCACUCGGAGUCCCAGCUCUCCUCUCUUUGCCAGCUCCAGGAGAGCAUGCUCAACGGAACCCUGCGGACCCCCAGCGGUGAACCGUCACCCACGGGUGGUGGCUACCCCCCCCCGGGACAGAAGCCCGAAGCAGUGGUCCACGCCAUGAAGGUGUUGGAGGUGCACGAUAAGCUGGACAGGCAGAUACCGGAGGACUAUGACGAGGACCUCAGUGAGAAGGAGAAGGCCAUCGUCAGAGAAAUGUGCAAUGUGGUGUGGCGAAAGCUGGGCGAUGCGGCCGGAUCCAAACCCUCCGUCCGACAGCAGCUCUCCGGGAACCACUACAAGGGCCCCAAGUAGUGGCUCUCAGGGGCCCAUGCGGGAGGUCCCCCCUCUGUUUUCUUUUGUUUCUCUGGGGGACCUUAUCUGGGAGCCAGAGACUCGUACUUUUGUACCCCCCGACGCUCACACAGACUGUGCAGGUCGAGUUGGUGUUGAAAGUGGUCCACGAGCUGUACGAGGUGAAUUUAAACGGACCUAUCGGCUACCCGUACCAUUUCCUCUGGCCAAUCAAGGGACAAGACUGGAAAGAUAAUGCAGAGAAAUAUAUGAUUACCCUGCAGCAAGGCUAGACCCAACUCGAUGACCGUUGUUAAAGAAAAUAUAUAUUCCCCAAGGCCAUAUGGAAAGAUAUGCUUUUUUUUUUUUUAUAAAUCACAGAACUUGAAGCGUCUGUCAAUGAAGUAACAUGUCGUUUUUUUUGUCUUCUUGAGGUCCAUCUUAUCAGGGGUUCGGUGUUUGACUGCUGCAUAUAACUAACCACACCAAUUCUGUAGAUGUAUUAUAAAACAUGGCCAGUCACGUGUAAAAGCAACCGCCAAUCCAAAGCAAAAAAGUGGCAUCCUGGAUCUACACAUUUCAUGAAGGGAAGCCAAAACGUGACAUGUGGUUACCUGAUUGAAAAAAAGGAUACACUGGUGUUCUCUCCUGUGAAUACAUGAGUUGAAUGUAUUCACAGGAGACCAAAGUCUCCUGUGAAUACAUUAAACUCAAACUUAAUCGUCUUCACUUCACCUUGAGCCCUCCAAUCCCGACUUACUAAAUUGGGGAAACUUGACCUAAAAUUGUGAGAAUUCCUGCAGGAGGAGGAUCCUUCCCACUGAUGUCCAACUUUGUUGAACAAUCUUCCGAUAUGACAAUCUUUUCUGUUGUUAUGAAAUUCAGCUUCCGUGUGUGUAUUCAUCUAGAAGUCUGUGUUUGUGUUUCUGGUGCCGAUA